UUUCUCCUUUAGGCCUGGACGAAAUUCUCUCUCAUUUCCUUUGGAGAGAAAAUUACAUCUUCUACACUCCUUUAAAUGUCUCCUUUGUGAUUUAAACAAUUGAUUUUCCACCCAAACUUACACAUUUGUGCAAAAAUAAUUUCUUGACACAUAAAUACCUAAAACCAUAAGAGAAGAAGGCACCACAAGGAUUUGAAGAAGGGAGAAAGGAAAACAUGAAUGGAAAGGCAUCGGUCUCCAAAGACCUUAACGAGAAACAUAUCAAGGUAUUAGAAGGCCUUGUCAAACUACCACAUAAUAAACAAUGUGCUGAUUGUCAUAACAAAGCACCAAGAUGGGCAAGUGUGAACCUGGGAAUAUUUAUAUGCAUGCAAUGCUCAGGAAUUCAUCGGAGUCUUGGGGUUCAUAUUUCACAGGUGAGAUCAAUAACGUUGGACACAUGGUUGCCGGAGCAUGUUGCUCUUAUGCAAUAUGUAGGAAAUGAGAGAGCCAACAAGUAUUGGGAAGCAGAAUUAACACGGUACUAUGACAAAAGUGGGAUUGAGAAAUUUAUCCAUGACAAGUACGUGCAGAGGAAGUGGGCUUCAAAGAAACUGCCCCAACCAACUACUCAAGCUUUGGGUCGAGCCUUAGCAGAUGACUUGACCCUGAAACCGGCCGAGAAGAGGGGAGAAACUACUCCCAGUAAAAACUCUGUGCCAAAGCUACCAAGGAGACAUUCUCUUGACGCAGUCACUUUCACCAAGUACACGGUUGAGACUGACCACGCCCCUGCAGUAAAACCUCGUGCGGCGUCGAUGGAUAUGAAGAGUGACGUGAUCCCGAAAGUGCAGCGUGACACAACGGACAAGGACAAACAGAACUGCAGUCGGAUCACAACUACUACUACUACUAUUCCUUCUAAUUGGGCGACGUUUGAUUGAUGAGUGAUCACGUACACUUAAAUCGCCAUUUGCGAGCUGUAUAUUCUUUUCCCAGUGAAGUGCAAUCUUCUGUAUGUAUAGUAAAGCGGAAGGCUAUUC